AGAGCGAGUUCUAUUUGACCCUCGCUGGAGCCCGGGAUCCGGACCGGAACAGGCCCGGUUGAGCCGGGGGCGUCCGGCGAGGAAACCGGGAUCUAAAGGCCCGCGUGGAGGGGUCGGGGUGGCCUGCGGCCCCGGGGGGUGUCGGGUCUUCCGAGGGAGGACAGCGGCGGCGUAUCUCUAACUCAGGAGGUAUUCGCCUGGCAGGGUCAUGAACUUGGGCAGGAAAAAAAUUACACCUUCAUCGUCUCUGCGGGAAGCAGCGUUUCCUUCCCUGACGGACGUGCAGUGUCAGCCCAAAAGCAAGUCGUGGUGUCAGGCCCUGGAGGUAAAAGCCAGAGAUGGACCUGGUGAGGCUUGCCCGGCUCUUCUCCAGCCCCCGCCCCCUGGGACUGUCCAUCCUGCAACACCUUGACCCUCUCAGAGCCAGGUGGGCAGGAGGUAGGGAAGGGCCCGCGUGGCUGAGGUCCAUGGGGCUGACUGGGCCAAUACCAGCAGCCUUCAGCAGCUCCCUCUCUCAGCUGCCCCUCAGCCAGGGGAGCCAGAAGAACAUUCGCAGCCUCAGCUCUGACCCACGCCAGCCCAGCCCCAUGGCCACCCAGGAGGAAGAGGAGGAAGAGAGUUUUGGGACUCUCUCCGAUAAAUACUCCUCCCGGAGAAUGUUCCGCAAAUCGACGGCCCAGCUGUAUAACCUCCGGCUCAGGGAGCAAGAUGAAGAAGAUGAUGAAAGGGAGCUGGAGCCAAAAUCAUGGCAGGGCCGAAGAAACACCCCUUACUGGUACUUCCUUCAGUGCAAACGCCUGAUCAAGGAAGGAAAGCUGGCUGAGGCCCUGGACCUGUUUGAGAGGCAGAUGCUGAAGGAGGAGCGACUCCAGCCCCUUGAGUGCAACUACACGGUGCUGAUUGGGGGCUGUGGGCGGGCUGGCUACCUGAAGAAGGCUUUCCGGCUCUACAACGAUAUGAAAAAGCGGGACCUGGAGCCCUCCGAUGCCACCUACACAGCCCUGUUCAAUGUCUGCGCCGAGUCCCCCUGGAAGGACUCCGCUCUGCAGAGUGCCCUAAAGCUACGGCAGCAGCUGCAGGCCAGAAACUUCCAGCUCAACUUGAAAACAUACCACGCCUUGCUGAAGGUGGCAGCCAAGUGUGCAGACCUUAGGAUGUGCCUCGAUGUGUUCAAGGAAAUUGUUCAUAAAGGACAUGCGGUCACAGAGGAGACCUUCAGUUACUUGCUCGUGGGCUGCAUCCAGGACAAGAAGACAGGCUUCCGAUAUGCCUUGCAGAUGGCAGGGAGAGGAGCCCUAGGAGGCGGUGGUGGCAUGGCUGCUGAGAGUGAGGGCACAGCCAGCUCAUGGUCUCCUACUCUGCUCGGCGGCCUUCUGUGCAGCCGGCCUGCAUCUACCAAGCUUAUGGUCCGUGCAGCACAUCUACCUGGGGUGUGGAGGCAGAUGCUGAGUCUGGGGCUCCAGCCAAAGCGGCAUGGCUACAACCUGCUGUUGGGGGCAGCUCGGGACUGCGGCCUGGGGGACCCAGAAGUAGCCUCAGCGCUGCUCCUGAGACCCAGGGAAGAGAUGGUGCUGCUCCAGCCCCGGGCAGGUGGGCGGCAGGCAAGGAGGAAAGCCCAGGCUGGGACGGUUGACAGCAUGUCAGCCAGGCUGCACGUGGAGACCCUGGAGAGACAGUUGUUUCUGGAACCUUCUCAGGCACUUGAAAGGCCUCCAGAGCCUCAGGAAGCCAGAGUCCCCAGCAAGGCCCAGCCCAAGAUGGAAACCAAAGUGGAUCCUGAUCACACUGUGGCCCUUGCCUCUGUGGCCUCAGAGCCGCCUCCCCGGGAGCUGGAGACUAACCUCCUGACUCUGGGGCCGGUCCCCCCGGCUGUGGUCUCCUUUGGGACCGUGACCACAUCAGCAGACAGGCUGGCUUUGAUGGGGGGCCUGGAGGGCUUCCUGGGCAAGAUGGCAGAGCACGGACUCCAGCCUGACAUCAAAACCCUCACGCUUCUGGCUGAGGUGGUAGAUCCUGGUAGCCCCGCAGAGUCCUCACUGCUGACUGUCCUGGACACAUACCAGGUGGAGGUCGAUGUGACAUUCUUCAACACUCUGAUGAGGAAGAAGAGCAAGCUGGGUGAUCUGGAGGGAGCAAAGGCGCUGCUGCCAGUCCUGGCAAAGAGGGGAAUUGUCCCCAACUUACAGACAUUCUGCAAUUUGGCCAUUGGAUGCCGUAGACCACAGGAUGGUCUGCAGCUGCUGGCAGACAUGAAGAAAUCCCAGAUGACCCCCAACACCCACAUCUACAGCACCCUCAUCAAUGCGGCCCUCAAGAAGCUGGACUACACCUAUCUCAUCAACAUCCUGAAGGACAUGAGGCAGAACAGAGUUCCAGUGAAUGAAGUCAUCAUCCGCCAACUGGAGUUUGCAGCCCAGUACCCACCCACCUUUGACCGGUACAAAGGGAAAAACACCUACUUGGAGAAGAUCGAUGGCUUUCGAGCUUAUUAUAAGCAGUGGCUGAAAACGAUGCCAGCAGAGGAAACCCCCCACCCAUGGCAGCAGUUUCGAACCAAGCCCACAGGGGACCAGGACACUGUCUCUGAGGCUGAUGUGGACAGAGGCCGUGGGGGCAGGUGAUGAGGAGGCCCAGGAGGAUCUCCAUCCAACAAAGUGCACAGCCUUCACAGUGCUUUGUGGGAACUUCAGGAGUCCCUUUCAUAUUAAAGACACAUGAGCAUGCUGGUGUAGCCUCAAGCAUGAGGACAGGGUCUGGCCAGAGUAAGAAUUGCAGCAUUUUGUAUAAAGACAAAUGCUGGGCCCAGGGUGCCUGACUAGUUCACAGCAGAUCCCAGCACAGCUUGGGCCACUUUGGCACAUCAUCUCAGGCCAUCUUGACCUGAGAGGUUGUCAUCCCCAGGGAACUUGAUCCUGGUCACAUGGCACCUAUGAGGUGGAGUCAGGAUUGAGUCCCAGGGGCCUGGUGCUCUCCCACUGGGCUCUGUAAAGAACUAUCGCAGGGCCUAAAGGUUUAAAAGUUUUAUUUCUACAAAUCACAGCUGAUGAACACCAAAGCCUUCACACAUAGAGACCAUGCUCCAACUCGGUCCUGUGGCACUGCUCUGCCAGAAGAGCUAUCAGGAAAGGGGGUGGCACGACAGGCAGAAACCUGAGAAGUCCAAAGUCCUGGGUGGAAAGGGGUCAGGGCCCAAGGGCCUCAGCCAGAGCAGCCCCGGCAGCCGCAGUGUGUGCACUCAAUGAUCCGGCCCUGCAACAGAAGACAGUUGAGACACCACACCCAGCCAUAUCUGCCCCCCUACGUAGUAAUCCUCCCACUGAGAAAGUUGACAAUGGGAGUCACUCCCUAUAGGGCACUCCUCUAUGACAGUUCUGGAUGGCAAAAAUUCAGUUCCCGUGUGAAAAUGGAAACAGCUGCUGUUGACACUGAAGUUACAACUCAUUGUACUUUUAAUUUAAGCCAAUUAAACACAUUUCUCCCAAAAGGGGGGAAAAUCUG